AUGUCUACUACACCUCGUAAUUCCGGUGCACAUAUCCUCGUCUACCCAAUCCCUGCGCCGGGGCACAUUAUAUCUCUCCUCGAUCUCACCCGCCUGUUAGUCACCCACGGCCUCACCAUCACUGUACUGGUCUCCCCAUCUCACCUCCCUCUUCUCCAACCAAUCCUCUCUAGCCACCUGUCCUCCUUCAUCCAACCCCUGGUUCUCCUUCUUCCACACUCCUUCACUUCCUCACAAUCAAGCCUUCUCGGUAAAAUACGCGCCACGGGUGAGCUUUACGAUCCUAUCCUCCAAUGGUUUCGAUUCCACCCUUCGCCCCCUGUAGCCAUCGUAUCUGAUUUCUUCCUUGGAUGGACCCACCGCCUCGCAACCCAUCUCGGCAUGCCACGCCUUGCCUUUUGGCCAUCUAGCGCUUUUACCGCGUCGAUUUUGGAUUCCCUGUGGCGCGGCCUACCCAAGAACAAUGAUCCGAACAAUGAAAAUUUUUUGAUUUCAUUUUUGGAAAUUCCUAAUUCUUCGAUUUACCCUUGGUGGCAAAUAACACCUUAUUAUCAUGAUUUCAAGGAAAGAGACCUAGAACUGAGUUCUUCAGAAAUGGGAUGUUGGCUAAUAAUGAGAGUUGGGGUGUCGUGUUCAACUCGUUCACUAAGUUAG